AUGUACAACGGCAUCGGGCUGCAGACCACGCGGGGGUCGGGCACCAACGGGUACGUCCAGACCAACAAGUUCUUCAUCAAGCCCCGCUCCACCUCCGGCGGUGGGCCGCCGGGCCGGCCACACAGGCCGCCGCUCCCCGACGCCGCCGAUGGCGGCGGCGGGCUCGGCGGGAUGCGCAAGCCCAACAAGGAGAUCCUCGAGCACGACCGCAAGCGCCAGGUCGAGCUCAAGCUGCUCGUGCUCAGGGACGCCCUCGAGGAGCAGGGCUACACCGACGGCGAGAUCGAGGAGCGCGUCGAGGAGGCGCGCAAGGCCGCGGAGGCAGAGGCCACCGCGGCCGCCGCAGCGGAGGAGGCAGGGGGCGGUCCCGGCGCCGGGCGACCGCCUCUACCCGGCGGCAGAGGGUUUAUAGACACACAGAGCCACCAUGUUGCGGCACGGAAGGAGAAACAACUUGAGACUCUAAGGGCUGCUUUAGGGCUGGAUGUUGAGGAUGCAAAGAAGAAGGGGGAUGUAGAAAGUGAUGUAGAAUCCGGAGAGCUUGUUCCUGGCAAGUAUUAUGAGGAACUGGAUACUGCUGGGCAAAAGGAUAGCAAGGAUUCAAAGGAUGCAAAGAAGAGCAAGAAGAAAAAAGAGAGUGACAAAAGGAGUCGACACAGAAGUUCAAGAAAGAGCAAGUAUGACUCGGACUCAGAUCACGAUCAUGACACAAAAACGAAGAAGAAGAGUUCUCGCCAUGAAUCAGAAGAUGGUUCAGAGACUGAUUAUGAUGAGAAGAAGGAAAAGAAACACAACAAAAAACCUCGUCUUGGUUCACAUGAUGAUUCUGAAAAUGAUCGGAAGAAAGCCAAGCGUGGAAAGAGCUCUCGUCAUGAUUCCGAGUCUGAUACAGAUAGUGGCUAUGGCAAGAAGAAAGCCAAACAUGCAAAGAAUGAUCGAGGUGAAAGAAAGAAGAUACCAGUGAAGAACUCUCGUCAUGAUUCCGAGACUGAUACAGAUAGUGGCUAUGGCAAGAAAAAAACAGAACAUGCAAGGAAUGAUAGGGGUGAGAGAAAGAAGAUACCAGUAAAGAAUUCUCGUCAUGAUUCCGAAUCUGAUACAGAUAGUGGAUAUGGCAAGAAGAAAACGGGGCAUGCAAAGAGUGAAUGUGAUGAGAGAAAGAAGGUACCAGUGAAGAGCUCUCGUCAUGAUUCCGACUCUGAUACAGAUAGUGGCUAUGGCAAGAAGAAAGUGGAAGAUGCAAAGAAUGAUAGGGGUGAGAGAAAGAAGAUACCAGUAAAGAAUUCUCGUCAUGAUUCCGAAUCUGAUACAGAUAGUGGAUAUGGCAAGAAGAAAACGGAGCAUGCAAAGAGUGAACGCGAUGAGAGAAAGAAGGUACCAGUGAAGAGCUCUCGUCAUGAUUCUGACUCUGAUACAGAUAGUAGCUAUGGCAAGAAGAAAGUGGAACAUUCAAAGAAUGAACGUGAUGAGAGAAAGAAGAUACCGGUGAAGAGCUCCCAUCAUGAUUCGGAGUCUGAUACAGAUAGUGGCUAUGGCAAGAACAAAAUGGAACAUGCAAAGAAUGAACGUGAUGAGAGAAAGAAAGUACCAGUGAAGAGCUCUCGUCAUGAUUCUGAGUCUGAUACAGAUAUUGACUAUAGGAAGAAGAAAAUAGAACAUGCGAAGGGCAUACGCGAUGAGAGAAAGAAGAUGCCAGUGGGAAGCUCUCGUCAUGAUUCUGACUCUGAUACAGAUAGUGCCUAUAGGAAGAAAGUAGUGGAACAUGCAAACAUUCAUAAUGGGAAAAACAAGAUACCGGUGCAAAGCUCUCAUCAGGAUGAGAAGCCUAGAAAAUACAAGGAAAGUUUUCGCCAUGACUCAGAUUCAGAUGGUCUUUCCCAUGAUAAGGAAAGACAACUGAAUGCUGCAGCGUUGAAAAAGGAUGUGCAAGAGAAAAGGAAACUAGCUAGCUCAAGUGAGAGUUCAGAUUACAGCAGCAGCCUCAGCAGCAGUGAUUCUGACAUGAGUGCAGAUAGCUAUGAGGAACAAAAAAGGAGUCGAGCUGAAGGGAGAAGAAAUGAGCUGACUACACAAAGGCAGAAAGAGGAGGAAAGAAAAGAGCUUGAGAAGCAACAGCAGAGAGAGGUAGAGAGGAAAGAGUUGGAGAAGCAAAAGCAAAGGGAGGAAGAGAGGAUGGAGAUGGAGAAGAAAAGGCAGCGAGAGAAGGAGGAAGAGAGACAGAGGGAGAGAGAGCAAUAUGGAAGGAAAGGUGGAAAUGAUGUGGAGAGAGACAACAAAAGGAAACUGAUAGAUGAUCGGUAUGAUCCAAAUUCAAGUGGAGUUAGAGAAGAGGGAUACAAAGACCGUCAGAACAGAGAUGAUAAUAGAUGGCAGGAAGAGCAUGGUCGACACAGUAGAUAUAUGGAUAGUCAUGAUUCCAAGAGGUCAAGGCGUGAUGAUGACUUGCAUUACCAUUCAAGGAGGGAUUAUGAACAACGCUAUUCUAGAGAUGAACAUAGAGACAGAAGGCGUCACUAA